GAUGCUGUGAACCCGCACUUCCGGCCGGAGCUUUGCGGUACGGUUUCCGGGUUUCCGGGUGGGUGCGAACGAACAGGCAGGCGAGUGGACCGCGCUGCGGCGGACUGACUAGACUAUGGAGAAGCUGCGGCGGGUCCUGAGUGGUCAGGAUGACGAGGAGCAGGGUCUGACCGCACAGGUCCUGGAUGCUUCAUCCCUUAGUUUCAACACUAGAUUGAAGUGGUUUGUCAUAUGCUUCGUGGCUGGCAUUUUCUUUUCUAUCCUUGGAACUGGAUUGCUGUGGCUUCCCGGUGGCAUAAAGCUUUUUGCAGUGUUUUAUACCCUUGGAAAUCUUGCAGCAUUGGCCAGCACAUGCUUUUUAAUGGGACCCAUUAAGCAGCUAAAGAAAAUGUUUGAAACAACAAGAUUGCUUGCAACUGUUGUUAUGCUGCUAUGCUUGGUGUUUACCCUGUGUGCUGCUCUUUGGUGGCAUAAGAAGGGACUGGCCUUAUUAUUCUGCAUAUUGCAGUUCAUGUCAAUGACCUGGUACAGUCUGUCAUAUAUCCCAUAUGCAAGGGAUGCAGUACUUAAAUGCUGUUCUUCUAUCCUAAGUUGAAAAUCUGAACCAUCUCAUGGGAAAGAACACUGGAAGGUGGGAUCGUCUGUUGUGCAGGGGGAUAUUCCUGGUUCUGUAAUCAGUCCAUCUGCAACUCAAGCCCAUUGUGUGUCCUGGUAAAACCACUCUUAAACUGUUCCAUGCUCAUAGUUUUAAAUGCACUGUUGUUAUUAACAUGAUUUUCCAAAGAUAAGAUUUUCACUGACAAUUGUAAAUAAUCUUUAGCCACUUUUUAAUCUUUACAAAGGAGCUUUUGAAAUGUGAAUAUUUAAGGGAUAAAUCUGUGCUGUGAGAUAUAUGCAGUUUAUUUGGCUUUUAAAAAUAUCUACAUU